AUGGCAGCCGAGGCCCGCGUGUCGCGCUGGUACUUCGGGGGUCUGGCCUCCUGCGGGGCCGCCUGCUGCACGCACCCGCUGGACCUGCUCAAGGUGCACCUGCAGACGCAGCAGGAGGUGAAGCUGCGCAUGACGGGCAUGGCCCUGCAGGUGGUGCGCUCCGAUGGCAUCCUGGCGCUUUACAGCGGCCUCAGUGCCUCCCUCUGCAGACAGAUGACGUACUCUCUGACACGCUUCGCCAUUUAUGAGACCGUGCGUGACCACCUGAGCAAGGGCAGCCAGGGCCCAAUGCCCUUCCACCAGAAGGUGCUGCUGGGAGCCAUUGGCGGCUUCACCGGUGGCUUUGUGGGGACCCCCGCGGAUAUGGUCAACGUCAGGAUGCAGAAUGACAUGAAGCUGCCUCUGAGCCAGCGGCGGAAUUAUGCUCACGCACUGGAUGGACUGUACCGUGUGGCCCGUGAAGAGGGUCUCAGGAAGUUGUUCUCCGGUGCCACCAUGGCCUCCAGCCGUGGGGCCCUCGUCACCGUAGGCCAGCUGUCCUGCUAUGACCAGGCCAAGCAGCUGGUCCUCAGCACGGGUUACCUCGGCGACAACAUCUUCACUCACUUUGUGGCCAGCUUCAUCGCGGUGAGUGCUCAAGCCCCUCCCCUGCAGGGCGGGUGUGCCACCUUCCUGUGCCAGCCGCUGGACGUGCUCAAGACCCGGCUUAUGAACUCCAAGGGCGAGUACCAGGGUGUUUUUCACUGCGCUGUGGAGACCGCCAAGCUGGGCCCUCUGGCUUUCUACAAGGGCCUAUUCCCGGCUGGUAUCCGCCUGGUUCCCCACACCGUGCUAACCUUCGUCUUCCUGGAGCAACUCCGCAAACACUUUGGCAUCAAAGUGCCGGCCUGA